AUGUACAUCAACGGUUUAAAAUAUGCUUGUUCCACUUGCAUCAAGGGCCAUCGUUCUUCUCAUUGUAGCCAUGUUGACCGUCCUUUAUUUGAAAUUCGCAAGAAGGGUCGUCCUGUCACUCAAUGCACCUUUUGUAGAGAUCUUCGAAAAACAAAACAAGUACAUAUCAAAUGCGCAUGUGAUAAAAAAGGUGGCGAAAACAAUACCCAACAGCCUUUACUCAUUUAUCAACAAUCAAGUAUUAAUAAUGAUAUGUGCCAAGACAAAAAAACAGACAAUCAAUGUACCUGCCCCGCAAUCGCUGCUGCUGCUGCUCUUGCUAGUACAAAGUCAAGCAAAUCCACCAUAAAAUCGUCUGUUGGUGCAUAUCCUUCUCAGGAUACCCUUAAUUCUGCCUCUACUAUCACUAAUAAUAUUGCCACCACUGCUACAAAUGAAGUCAUAUCCGACACCCUAUUGGCUACAGCGCCACUUUGUCCUACUGCCGCGCCCCCGUCAUCGUUGAAAGAAGAAAGCCUGUCCUACUCUUGGGCGCUGAUCACUUCUCCCUCUACCAAUCAAAUCGAUCUGCCCAACACGAGCACUUUGUCAGCUCCGUCAAACCUGUUCACAAAUAUGAUGAAUGAUAAUCAAAUUGAGAUAAAUAACCCCAACGAUAGUAAUCUCCAUCUUGGCUUUAUUUUUCAUAAACCCACCUCGUCUCAACGUUUUUUAGAUGGUCAGCCUCGUACAAGAAGACAUCGUUCUAGUAAACGUACAGCAAACCGUUUGCCUGCGAAUGCUGUGCUUGACCCAAUCUCAACAACAGCUGUAGACACGUUUACUGAUUACAGCAACUUAUCGACACCUCCUUCUUCAACAGUUUCUCCUCAUCCUCCUUCAUCUGCAUCUUCGUCAAUUGCUCCUGCUUGUGAACCUAUGGACAUGCAAUUUGAUUAUCUUACUGAACAACUAGAAAUCCUGUCCAACAGCAAUAACAACCAAGGCUUUGUAGGCGAUCUCUCAAAUGCUGAAGAGCUGACAGCCAUCCUGAGUAACGUUCUUUCAAAAGAUGAAGAAGACAUGGGCUCUGUUUCCUCCACAGCUACACAUAGUCAUCGCUCUAGUAUUUCAACCCAAGCAACAACAACAACAACAAAUAUGAGUCCUAUGGUGCCUAUUCAACGAUCUCAUUGUGGUAGUUUUGUCCCUAGAGCAACGUGCUGCAAAUCACUGGGUUCUCCAGGCGGAGAAUCAGUUGUGAUCACAAUUACACCUUUAUCAAACACCAAUAACAAUGAAGAACUUUUAGACCAUCAAAGCAAUUCCUCGCAGCAGCAAAACUAUCCUACUACAACACGUAUUGUUACUUGCUAUUGUGGAAACCAAUGUACUUGUCCUGGUUGCCUGGUGCAUCCCGGCAAUUUUUUCUUGGGAAGUGAUCCUUACGCAGGUCCCUUAAUUCCUUCUUCUUCCGCUUCUUCUUCUUGUUAUGGUUCUGACGAAGAAGAAGCUUCUGUUGCCGCUACCAACACCAUGCUCAAUACAAGUAGUAGCAAUAGUAAUUACUUACAUUUUUCAUAA